AUGAGUCGCGCCGGCAAGCUUGCCCCCGAGGUCAAUCGAGCUUUAUUCGUAAAGAAUCUAAGCUACAACGUCACGCCGGAGGACCUGUUCGAGCUCUUCGGCAAAUUCGGGCCUAUCCGGCAGGUCCGACAGGGCAUUGCAACCAACACCAAGGGCACUGCCUUCGUGGUCUAUGAAGACGUCAUGGACGCGAAGCAGGCCUGCGACAAGCUGAACGGCUUCAACUUCCAGGGCCGCUACCUGGUCGUAUUAUACCACCAGCCAGAGAAGAUGGCCCGAUCAAAAGAGGACCUGGAGGCCCGCAAGGAGAAUUUAGCUCAGCUCAAGCAAAAGCACGACCCGUCUUUAUCUUCAACCACUACGAACUCCUCCUCCUCCACCGCCGCUUCCGUCACCAAGGCGACGUCACCCCCGAUCGUGGCCAAGAAGACGGUGGUGAGAUCGGCCGUGGCUACCGCAGCCACGCCGAGGAAGGGCAGGCCUGACGACGUCGCCAACCAGGCACGAAGAACAGUCCUGAGCUUUGUGCGCGGCUUUCUCCCGCAGAAGACCAGCAACAAAGUGUGUAUGACUUGA